AUCUAUUCAGAAUUGAAAUGGCUAUAGAGUAGUUGUUGACAUUUGCUUCGACAGAUGUUCGGACGCUUUUGAAUUGUCUUCUGAUUCCGGUUCCAGAGUGAAAAUCGAACUCUACAGGUAGCGAUAUCUUUUGGGUUGUAAAGAUAUGGACAGAAUCAGUGAUUUAUCUGAUGAAUUGCUGAUUAAGAUAUUAACCUCUGUUCCGACAAAACUUGCUGUAUCAACUAGUAUUUUGUCCAAACGAUGGGAGUGUCUUUGGAAGUGGCUGCCUAAACUUGAGUACGAUGAUACAGAUUAUUCAGUGUCUGAAUGUAAGAUGUUAAGGUGUUUUCUCGACAGAAAUCUGCCAUUACAUAGAGCUCUUAUUAUAGAAAGCUUCCGUCUCCACUUGAAAAGUCAGCGUUUCAAACCCGCAGAUAUCAAACUGUGGCUUCUAUUUGCUGUUUCUCGCUGCCCACGUGAGCUCGAGGUUUCUUAUUCGAGAAAACGAACUGUAUCGUCGAGUAGCUUGUAUACCUGCAAAGCGCUUGUGAUCUUGAAACUCAGUGGAGCGAUUCUCGUGGACGUUCCUCGGAUGGUUUCUCUUCCUUCUCUGAAGACAUUGCAACUUCGUGAUGUGACAUACUCGGAUAAAGAAUCCCUUCAACGGCUUCUAGCUAUUUGCCCUGUUCUUGAAGAGCUAUCCGUGGAUUUAGGUGAUGGCGGCAAAAUGGAAAAGCUCACUGUUAGCGUCCCGUCUUUGCAGAGUUUAACAUUCAAUGUACCUCAUGAUUGUGGAGUAGAUGAGCUUGUGAUAGAUACUCCUUCUUUGAAGUAUAUCAAACUUGAGGAUCGGAAAGGUCUCAUCUAUUUGGUUGCUAACAUGCCUGAGCUGAGGGAGGCAUAUAUUGAUGUUAAAUUGUAUGGAAUCAGUAAUCUUAUGGGAUCAAUCACAUCUGUCAAGCGUCUUACAACAUGUUUCAUGGUUUUUGUCAACGGUUUUGUCUUCAACCAACUUGAACAUCUGAAGAUAUGUCAAUGCCAUAUGCAUACGUCGAAUCUCCUUGUCUGGUUGCUCAAGGUUUCUCCUAACUUACAAGUACUAGACCUCUACGUAAUGAAAGAUCAUCACUAUGAAAAAAGUUAUAGGUGGUGUCCACUUAGUGCUGUUCCUCCUGAAUGUAUGCUAUCGAGUCUGCGAAUUUUCAACUGGUCAGUAUACUUUGGAAGACCAGCAGAGAGAGAUUUUGCGGUUUAUAUCUUGGAAAACGCUCGUCUCUUAGAGACUGCAACUAUCUCCUGUAAGGACUGGUAUGUUCCAAAACUCGAGAUGAUCAAGGAGUUGUCAUCAUCUUCCCGAGCUUCAACCACAUGCCGACUCGUAUUUGAUUGAGGAACUAGCUCAUUAGAUGGUUGAUGUAAUAGGAUUCUGAAAUUGGUGUUGCAAUCAACAUUGUAGCUGAUCGUAGCUAAAAGACUGUCCGAUUUUUGUGCAUUGUGUGGGAAGUGUCUCAAUGAGAAAGUAUUUGAUAUUA